AUGAACAGCGCCGACGAGCUCGAGAGACUUCUCGACAAAGAUGAAUUCAAAACAUGGGGUUUCGUGAUCUAUCGAUGCACGUAUCAUAGUCACUCCGAUUGGGAGAAAUUAAUGGUCCGGCUCCACAAGCGCGUCAAAAAAUACCUUGAGCGUUGCAAUGGUCUAGAUCUACUCGGUAGAUUUGCUCCAACGGUCUUGGAAGAUCGCUCUUUCGAGGGUGCGACGGUUAUCUCUCUACGUGAGAAAUUCAAUGAAUGGGCUGUGACCGCGAUAAAGGAGGAACAAGGAAUUGAUCCUAGUCAGGUACCGCUUUUUCAUAUGGUUGACCAAAAAGCCUUGGAUUCGAUCCUGAGCACGUCAGAGGAUGAUAUACAUGGAGGAUUCGUUCGUUUGGUUAACGCUGAAUGGAAACCGGAGGAGUUGGAUGCGGAAGAGCUAGCGGAACGCGGGGGACCUGGCCCAGAAGAGGAGCCACUAGAAGGGUGUACAGAGGAGGAUGUUGGCUGGAUGAAAGUAUGCUGGGGUGAUUCACAGAUGCUUGGAUAUUUGGAGCUUGACGACUCCCUUCGUUGGGAUAGGUAUUAUUCGCGUCCACCUGUGAUUCAACCUCUUAGUUAA